AUGUUACGGCUCUGGAGAUCAGAGACACCUCUUGCCUCCCUUUGUGGUGCUAUUGUGUCACCUGGGAAAUAUUCUUUAAAAACAAACAAACAUGAUUUGACCUCUAAUCUUUUUCGUACCAAAUCUAAAAAUGAAGAAAUCAAGCUCGAACUGGAAAAACUUGAAAAAAAUCUAACUGCAACUUUAGUAUUAGAAAAAUGUCUGCAAGAGGAUCUCAAAAAAGCAGAGUUGCAUCUGUCUACAGAAAGGGCCAAAGUUGACCAUCGUCAUCAGAACAUGGACUUUCUGAAAGCAAAGUCAGAGGAGUUCAGAUAUGGAAUCAAAGCUGCAGAGGAGCAGCUUUCAGCCAGAGGCAUGGAUGCGUCUCUGUCUCAUCAGUCUCUAGUAGCAUUAUCAGAGAAAUUGGCAGAGUUAAAACGACAGACUAUUCCUUUGAAGAGAAAAUUGGGGUCCUAUUUAGAUUUAAUGGCAAAUCCAUCUCUUGCUCAAGUAAAAAUUGAAGAAGCAAAAAGAGAAUUAGAUUCCAUUGAAGCUGAACUUACAAAGAAAGUAGAUAUGAUGGAACUAUGACCAGAGCCAAAUAAGCAACCUUUCCCCUAACAAAGU